AAAAAAAAGCUGACGUAUUCGGCUAUUCCCCUCCUCCAUUUUUAUCGCCGCCGCCUGCCGACCGGGUCACCACCGCAUAGCCUCACCGGCAGCGCGAGGUGCACGUCUGGGCAGCACAUCUGGCGUUCGACUACACCUGCCGCCUUAUCAUCCUGAGGAGUAGCCCGUUCCGAUGUUGGCUGUGCGGUGCGGCGGCGGUGUUGGAGCCGGCACCCAGCUGACGGCCCAGAGAACAACGGCAGCUCGGAGCGGACAUGACCGCGGCAUCGUGCUUUCCGCGGGAACUGGGGUCAGGGAGCUUACUCUUAGGGUUUCUUUCUCGCGGUGCUCUCAUCCCCACCGGAUCGGUGCUUCAUUCCCUUGGCCAGUUCGUUGCUCCCCUGUUCCUUCUCCUGAUACGGAGGAGCGGUGCGUCAGUAACAAGAGAAAGAACGAGGCUUGGGAGGCGUUGAAGGCGGAGAUCGCUGACAUGUUCCGUCCCCUGCUACGCAACUUAGCUGAGAUUUGUUCUCUCAGACGUGCUUACGAUCUUGAGGACUAUCAGAUCGGCAUGCUCUUCGGUGCAUUUCUUGGAUGCGUUGGCUGUUACCAACUGUGGAAGACCGCGCCUUCUGUUUUUGUUGAUACCACACUUGCCUUUGUGUUUUAUAAACUUAGUGUUGUAUCCUCAGAGCUACAUAGACGCCGCGAGUCAAAUAGCUUGAUCACCCGGCUUAAAUUUGGGACCAUACUUAUCAUGGUAAUGAAGGACAUCAAGAAGAACUACGUCCGCCUGGAUGUUAUUAGGAUGCCAGUUCUCUUCCUCUACAUAUGUGCGUUCCUAUUCGAUGUUGCUGGCGUGAAGAAGUACGGAAGGCGUUCUCUGAUUUCUUUGGUUAAUCUGUUGAAAACCAGAGGUGGAAUUCAAGAAAUUUAUAGGAUUAUGCGGUACCCUGGCUAUAUAUCUCCAUAUGAUGAUUCUGCAGACUGGUUACGAGACUCGUCCUGAUGUGAAUGCAUGAGAGUAGAGCUCUUUUCGGUCUUGGAUGGGCAGAUAUUAGAUCCAAUUCCUUCAGAUUUUAAAGGACUUUUGUUCCGUUUCCCUUCCAUAGGAAUACAAAGGGAUUGGGUAUUUGGGUGUAGUCCCGUUCCACUUGAGUAAUCCCUGUUUUGGGAUAGAAUAUGGGGGGCCCAGUUUGCAGCACCAGGCUUGAGUUUAGAAGUCUUUGUGAACCAUGGUUAUGCCAUAUGUGUAGUAUCCAACUUCUCUUAUAUUUUUGUUGAUUUUUGUUGUGGUUAUUAUGUAGUACCUCCGUUCCUAAAUGUAAGAUGUUCCACUAAGUCAAAGAACAGUUUUUUUUCCGAGUAA